AACAUGGCAAACAAUGUAGACGCAAGACAGAUAUCGUGCUCAAGAUUGUUAUCGACGGCCACCGCCAUCCAGGGAACAAGUCUCACGCGGCUGUCACGAAUAUGUCUACCCGACAGCCCAUCAAGAUCCUGAUCGCCAAUCGCUCCGAAAUAGCUUGCCGUCUCAUUCGAACAUAUUCACUUUACCCGGAUAUCCAGACAGUAGCUUUAUACACACCUUCCGAGAAGGACGCGACACAUGCACGCCUCGCAACCACCUCUGUUGCCCUGUCUGCAGAAGGACCACUUGCAUAUCUCGACGCAGAGAGUAUUGUCAACAUUGCCAAGAGGGAAAGAUGUUGGGGUAUCGCACCUGGCUACGGAUUCUUGUCUGAAGAUGCUGCUUUUGUGCGACUAUGCGAGCGUGAGCGGAUUGUCUUCAUCGGGCCAACGAGCGAGCAGCUGGCACGACUCGGAAACAAGCUGAGCGCAAGGUCUCUGGCUACAGAAGCUGGCGUACCUAUUCUGGAUGGCACCAAAACUGCAUCAGAUCGAGGCUCCUCUAUUGGUGAUGUCCUGACAUUCGCAAAAAGCCUAGGCUCAGGCAGGAGUGUCAUAUUGAAGGCUGCAGCUGGUGGCGGAGGGCGUGGAAUCCGCAUCAUCGAUAAUAACAAGGACGAGCGAGCUAUUCGCUCGGCUUAUGACGCCUGUCAGCGAGAGGCCUCUGCUUCCUUUGGCGAUGGAAGCUUGUUUGCCGAGCGAUAUCUAAAAGGCGCCAGGCAUAUCGAGGUUCAAUUACUUGGCGACGGCACUGGAGAGGUCACUCACUUCUGGGAGCGAGAGUGCUCGCUUCAGCGAAGGAACCAGAAAGUGAUCGAGAUCGCUCCUUCUCAGUCCGUUACACCAGAACUGCGGCGAGCAAUCAUUGCAGCCGCGGUGAAAGUAGGACAGGCAGUGAAGCUACGAAGUCUCGCCACUAUCGAAUUUCUCGUCGACACAGCUAACGACGACUUCUUCUUCAUGGAGGCGAAUCCCAGGAUACAAGUGGAGCAUACUAUCACUGAGCAGAUCAAUGGCGUUGAUUUGGUGGAUCUGCAACUCCAGGUUGCCCUCGGACACACCUUGGCAGACCUAGGUGUAUUGCAAGAGCGUUUGCCACCUCGAUUGACUUCCAUCCAGCUGCGUGUAAACUCCGAAAGCUUCAGCAAAGAUGGCACUGCGCAACCUGAAGCGGGCAUCAUUCAGCGGGCCAUAUUCCCCACAGGCGCCGGAGUGCGGAUCGAGACAGCUAUUGAAGGAGGUCGCGAGUACACUGUGAGCCCUCUAUUCGACAGUCUCCUGGCGAAGCUUGUCGUUACGUCUUCCUCGUACGCUUCAGCAUUACAACUGGCUCGUUGGGCAAUUGCUCAGACCACUAUCAUCGGGUGCGGGACCAAUCAGGCGUUUCUCAUGGCAUUGCUGGAUAUGCCGGUCGUGAGAGAAGGGAGACAUACAAUCUUGACCAUUCAGGACAACGUUGAUAAUCUCUAUAGCUCCACGAAGCAGAAUGUGGAUGUGCUGCAAGCUAAAGCCGACAAGAUUUCCAAGACAGCCAAAUCUUCGACGAAGACUGCAACAAAGGUCGAGCGUCCUGAAGGUUCAGAGGAGCUUCUGGCCCAUCUCACCGGGGUUGUCUUUUCACUCAAAGUGAGCGAAGGGGACAAGGUCAGCGUUGGUCAAGAAUUGGUCGUGCUCGCGGCGAUGAAAAUGGAACACUCUGUACAAAGCGCCCACAAUGGUGUCGUGGCCAAAAUACCUGUAUCACAAGGACAACAAAUCAAUGCUGGUGAGGCCCUUAUUUUCAUCACGCCGGACGAAGGCGAUUCGUCUGCUAAUGCGAGUGAUGCCAUCGAGACUGAGGAUCCAGAGGUACUGCGACCGGAGUUGAAAGAGCUCAACGAACGCAAAGCUGCAGUGCGAUACGCUGGCCGUAAAAGAGACGUAGAGAAGCGCCAUGCGAACGGGUACCUCACUGGUCGCGAAAAUCUUGACUUGCUCAUAGACGAAAACUCAUUCGUGGAGUUUGGAGAUCUCGUGGUUGCAGCACAGAAGAAAAGAUAUCCGAUGUCCCAUCUAAUCACACGAACCAGUGGAGAUGGUAUCAUCGUAGGAUGGGCUACCAUGCAGUCGCAUCCAGUCGCUAUGGUCCUUGGUGACUACCUAGUACUUGCCGGCACCCAAGGGCAUUUCCACCACGAGAAGCUAGAUCGGAUUUUCGCCUCAGUCAUUGCUCAUCCUGCUCCUCUGGUAUUAUAUGCCGAGGGAGGAGGCGGAAGACCCGGCGAUACUGAUGUCCUUAGCACCACAGGCCUCAAGACGCCAUCAUUCGCUCUGCUCGGCGAGAUCAAGGCAAGAGGCAUACCGUCUGUCGCAGUUGUGAACGGGUACUGCUUCGCUGGUAAUGCUGCUCUGCUGGGUACUUGCGACGUCAUAAUAGCUACAAGAGGUGGCUCAGCCGAUGCUCCACAGAGAAAGAAGACUACCAUUGGCAUGGGUGGCCAAGCUAUGAUUGAAGGCGGAGGUCUCGGCUUAUUCGAGCACGAAGAAAUCGGACCCAUCGAUGUGCAUAUGCGUUCUGGCGGCAUCGAUGUACUGGUGGACUCUGAAGUCGAAGCUGCACCAUUAGUGCGCAAAAUCAUCGCGAUGUUCACACAACCGCACCUGCCUCCGGCGGAGAGCCCUUACACAUCCGAUCACCUCCGCUUGCGUACAGUAGUACCACCAUUCUCAGCCCGUCGCCGAGCCUACGACAUCCGCGCUGUAAUCGCCCUUCUUCUGGAUGACGACAGCUUCAUUGAAUUCAGUCCGCAAUGGGGACUCUCGGUGCUCACAGGGUUAGGCCGCGUCAAAGGUCGAGCAGUAGGUAUAAUAGCCUCAAACUCUUCUUCACCUCUCGGCGGAGCCAUCGACGUGGAAUCAGGAACGAAGGUGAACCGCUUUUUCCGCCUCCUCAUCCGUCUCGGUGGCAUGCAUGUCAUCAGUCUUUGCGACACUCCAGGAUUCAUGGUUGGGCCCGACUUUGAACGUUCAACAGAAGCGCAAGGUGCAGGAAGUACAUAUCGCUGCUUCGGUGACUGGUUCGGCAACAGCCAAGAAUUCGGCCUCCUCGGUGGCCGCGUGCUGGGAGUCGUCCUCCGAAAUGGAUUCGGAUUGGGCGCUCAAGCCAUGCUCGGAGGCGGAACGCUAAGGAACAGUAUGUGCGUGGCGUGGCCCAACGCUGUCUUCGGAGGCAUGGGACUUGAAGGGGCCGUGAAGCUUGCAUAUAGGAAAGAACUAGAGGCUAUCAAGGACGAUGAAGAGAGGAGGAAGAAAGAGCAAGAAAUGGUUGAUGCAGCGUACGCCGAAGGUAGAGCUCUGAACCAAGCUACUGUCGGCGAGAUCGACAGUGUGAUAGAUCCAGCGACGACGAGACAAUGGCUGGAACAGAUGAUGGACGUCCUGCCGCAAAGGGUGCCCAAUUACAUGAGAGCGAGAAGGGAUGCAAAGAUGUGAGGCGGCC